AUGGAUGGGCCUAUGACAAGGAACCAUGCGUUCGAGGAGGAAGUAGCAGAUACAGCUGGCCAGGCGAAACUAAGGCAAUAUGUGGUGGCUGUCAUGGAACGAAACGCCCACGAACAGCAGUUCCAGCGCCGAACUUCUGUAUAUCAGAAGCAUGACUUGUUGGAACAUAUCAGGAAGAAAUCAUGGUCCGGACCUCCAUCGGAAGUACGCCACUUCUCACUUCUCAUAUCAUACUGGUUUCUACUUGGAACUAUUUAUGGCGGGCUCUCUGCAUCCGCAACGGACGAUGAUAUUGGCGUUGCCCUCGCCGUCCGCGACACAACGUAUUUCCUUGACUUCGCGGAACAGCAUUUCCCUCGCGAGAAGGGCAAGGAUAUUCCCGAAAUGGUGACAGACUAUGUUGUGGCGCAAGUCCGCCAAUAUAAGCAAGAACAUAUGGAGAAGUUCAUUGGCAUUGCCCUUCCGAUUAAUCUAGCAGUCCAUUGCCCACGUCUCUGCCCGCGAUUGUGGCUUGAGCUUGAUAUUGUUCCGUUGGUUCUACAUGGAAAAGGGGUGCAUAGUGUUGGGUGGAUUAAUACUGAAAUCUGGAAUUCCAAAAUGCUGGACGAGCAAGCUGAAUCCAUUGCUCGGAAAUGUAUUACAUUUUUCGGCCCAAACAAGGCUCCUCUACUUCAAGUUGGUUUUCGAGGCAUUGUUGAAGUAGAUGCAGGAUUCCACGCUGUUCUAUGCACGAUUCGUGAUUACGAAAAGACUGUUGGGCAGAGAACCUGGGAUGCAGUGCAAAAAUAUGCUACUGAUUUGAAACGUCGCAACGUCAAGAUAGCUUUCUUCAGUAGUACGCCUCAGGGGGGCGGCGUCGCCUUGAUGAGACAUGCACUUGUUCGAUUCUCAGAGGCACUUGGAACAGACAUUAAAUGGUAUGUUCCGCGACCUAAGCCAGGUAUAUUCCGCAUCACCAAGACCAAUCACAACAUCCUUCAAGGUGUAGCAAGAAGCGAUGAAAGACUUACAGAUGAACAUAAGCAGCAGCUCACAAGUUGGAUUUCCACCAAUGCUGAACGCUAUUGGUUUACGAGCGGAGGCCCAUUGGAGCCACCAGAGGCAGGGGGCGCAGAUAUAGUGAUCAUCGACGACCCACAGAUGCCAGGCUUGAUUCCAUUAAUCAAGAAAAUCACGCCCAAUCGCCCAGUCAUAUAUCGGAGCCAUAUUCAAAUUCGGAGUGAUUUAGUAGAUGACCCAUCAACGCCACAGGCAGAUGCAUGGGCAUACUUUUGGGAGAAUAUCAAACAGGCAGAUCUAUUUAUCAGCCAUCCCGUUAGUGCUUUCGUUCCAUCUAAUGUGGAUCCCAAAUCUGUCGGAUAUUUGCCUGCUUCAACGGAUUGGCUGGACGGGCUGAAUAAAAAUAUGGAAGAUUGGGAUGUCGGGUAUUAUGGACGUUUGUUCAACGCAAAAUGCCGUGAAAUCGGGAUGACUAGUAUUAACUAUCCAAAGGAUGAGUAUAUUGUCCAGGUUGCCAGAUUUGACCCUUCAAAGGGUAUCUUCGAUGUUGUUCAGUCAUAUGCCAAGUUCUUUGAUAAGAUCAAACAGGAGACCAUCCCCCCAAAGCUUCUGAUCUGCGGCCACGGGUCCGUGGACGACCCCGAUGGUGCCGUAAUUUAUGACGCCGUUAUUGAAUAUCUUGAGUCCCAAAUGCGACAUCUCAAGCCUUAUGUCUGUGUGAUGCAUAUUCCUCCAUCCGAUCAGAUCCUCAAUGCCGUUCUUUCCAAAGCCAGGGUUGCAUUGCAACUUUCCGUUAGAGAGGGAUUCGAAGUUAAAGUCUCAGAAGCUUUGCACAAGGGUAAACCAGUUAUCGCAACUCUAGCAGGAGGCAUUCCACUGCAGGUUCAGCAUGGAAAGAAUGGGUUUUUAGUUGAUGUCGGAGAUACGGAUGCUGUGGCGCAGCAUCUUUAUGACCUUUGGACCAAUGAAGAUUUGUACGAUCAAAUGAGUCAGUAUGCGCUGAGCAGUGUCAGUGACGAAGUAUCAACAGUCGGAAAUGCGCUGUCCUGGCUCUAUCUUGCCAGCCAUAUGACUCAGGGCCAGCUUUGUAAGCCUCAUGGCCGGUGGAUCAACGAUAUGGCUAGAGAGGCAGCCGGUGAGCCGUAUAUCAAGAGCGAGAACAGGUUGAAGCGACAGGUCCACGACCCAGAGAAAAAGAAAUACUUUAGGAUAGCGGCCAACCAUCUGGUUCCGCAAGGCUCAAAGUACUCUAGAGCUGAAGUUGCCAAACGGGAAGAGGCCGAGGCAAAUAAAAAGGAGCAAAAAAGCUUCGAUGAACGGGUGUCCACACAGAGAAUCCAGCGCUCCAAACUGUCGUCUCAUCCAAUUCUUGGGAAAAUGGGGAUCCAGCGAGAGAUUGGAUAUGGAAAUCUAUCAUCCACCCACUACCGUGGCGAAGCUUGUAUUGAGCUGUUUGAAAGAACCAGGAUUUAUGAUAACGAUUCUCCAAAUAGCUCGUUACUAAUUAGAAGAGUUGGCCGAGACCCUCGCACAGCUCGUCUUAUAACGACUUGGAAUAUUCCUGGCCCAACAGCACUCCGCGUUGUUUCUCCUACGGCCCCAACUUUUCCGUGGGGAUAUAGCUCCGCUACCCCAAGCUGCGAUUUUCUACGUAGACGGGAUGAAUUCGUUGAAUCGUUUGCAAUUUCUCACUCAGGACACCUGAUGUAUGUUGAUUUUGAGCCCACAUUUUAUUCUGUGUCUGUUGACCGUCAUCGAAGGGCACUUUCACAUGCGAUCACUGGUGUUCGUGCUGUCUUAAGCGUCGGAAUGCUAGAAUCAUCCUCUGACACUUAUAACGGAGACACGUUUGUAGGCCCAUCUGUCCGUUUCUCUCGUUUUGGAUGGUCGAUUUGCAAUGUUGCUGCUUCUCCAGACAUAACUUCGAGCACUUUUACUGUCGGUUGUGGUACCGACUUGGUCAUACUUUCUAAUAACCAGGCCCAGUGGAAUCUCAAGACGCUCAAAAAAUUCUCCUCACAUAUUAGCGCUGUUGACUGGCUGAGUAGGAAUGUCAUUAUUUCUGGAGCCAUGAGCUCAAAAGUCUCAUUAUAUGACGUUCGGAGUGAAGGUUCAGCUGCAAGGUUUCAACAUAGCCACGGUGUACAGGCUCUUAAGGUAUUGAAUGGGUGGAACGUAAUUGUUGCUGGACACGAUAGUUCGUUGAAUAUGUAUGACCUGCGAUAUGCCCCGAAUGUCACAGAUGAACGCCCUCAGCCAAGUAGUCGAAGCCACCGUGGGACAAAACCUUGUAUGGUCUUCAAUGACAUACAAUGCAGUGAAUUUCAUAAUAUUGAUAUAUGCCCUGAGCUUGACCUGCUAGCUUGUGCCACGAAUCUACGCACAGUUCAGCUUUUUUCCCUUGUGACAGGAAGAAAAUUUAAAUCCGAAUUUUUGCCUCUUCACGAUAGCGUUGGCGAGAGUGAAAAUGGUCAAGUUGAAAAGCUAACUACAUAUUGUUACAAAUCAAAUAUUUCUUCUGUUCAUUUUGAUAAUCUACCGGAUCGUUUCGAGUUAUUAGCAGACUACGACGACAAAGAGCGUGAUUUCAGUAAGGGGGGAGGUGCUGGAAAGCCUAGCCUUCUAGUUGCUUCUGGAAGUUCAGUUGAUGAAUGGCAUUUGUGA